GCAGCCGUGCUGGCGAGCCGGAUCCCAUGUGUAGCUGAGCACUUGGGGCUUACCUGCCUCCCUGCCAUGGCUUCCAGCGGGUGUUCGGGUCCGCCUCAAGCGAUGCCACCUGCAGGGGCCUCCGGCGGAGGGCCUGGAGCCCCAGAGGGCGUCGGGGAGUGGUUGAGGGGCGCCUACCGCUUUGCCACCGACAGGAACGACUUCCGGAGGAAUUUGAUUAUUAAUUUGGGACUCUUUGCUGCUGGUGUGUGGCUGGCCAGGAACCUAAGUGACAUUGACUUGAUGGCACCCCAGCCAGGCCUGUAGCACAGCUGAUCUAACUAGUGACUUCAUUUCUAAUACUGCCUUUGGUGAUCUGAAUGCAGUUUCUUGGAAGCUAUAUCCAUCCUGCAGUAUGACCCUGACAUUGACCACCAGAAGAUCUGCUUUGACCAGCUACCACAAAUCUGAUUGACUUACUACUGCAUUCCCUUCUGUACAUUAGAUCUUUCUUCUUUGGUCAGUCAGUCAAUGAUCAGCCAUAGCUUCAGUCUACUUAAGCAUGGUGUGAUGUAUAUUGCCUUUGCUCCAUGUUGUAUACUUAUUUUGCACAUCCUUAAGAGGCUGGACAGAUGCCAGGCAGGGAGUGGGUUGCAAGUGGCAUUUACUGUUCUCAUCAGUUAUACAAAGAUGGUUUUUUUCUCCCCCCCCAAAUGUUUGAAAUAAAGACAGUCAAUUAAGA